CGGUAAAUGCCGCCAGAUAUUGAUUGGAAUAUUUUCUAAAAUCUUUCACACUUUCCCACAUUCCCAUGGUUGGCUCUUUGUAGUGCUUCUUGUUGUCACGAAACUUGAAAAAUCAAAACACAGCCCAAAUGCUACUUGCUGCGUCCACGAGGGGAGUACACACCGAUUCCGUCCGACGGUGGACAGCGAUGACUUCAAAAUGACCAUCCGUAGGUUCAAUGUCGAUUUAUUGCACCCGGUCCAGGGCAAUAACGGGAGCUGCUGAUAGAUCAUUCGAUUAUGCCAGCUGAAUAAUGAUCGAUUACCGAAGACGAGAGAGGGCUGGUCGAUGUAUAUGGUGUGAGAUAGGUGACCGCCAGCAAGCAGAUGUGAACCAAGUGGAGUCUCAACUGUUUUUUUUCCACAUAUCAUCCGGAUAAGAACCGGCCCCACUUCGAACCAAGAGGAAUGAAGAAUCCGCGAUAAGCCAUACCUCCGGGGGGGUUGGGUAUUGUUUUGGAAGAGCCACGCGUCCGAAUGACGACGGUUAUCGACACGAUGACGUCGUGUCGUACGAAGAGAGAUUGGAAGAACAGGAAAGACACCUCUCUGUUAUUUUGGCCAAAAAGCGGGAGAGAACCUCCAAUACUGAACUCUAUCAACAGCAGUCUGUAGUAUCAGCUAUCUCCGGAUUGACUCACCCUGAUAAGCAAAAGAAAUGGACGAAAAUUCGAUGACGAAAGAAUAAGCUUAUCGAAAGGAAUAAUCUAUCAGAGAUAAUGCCCCAUAUGCGUUGAUUGGGCCAAGUCUAAUUGGGACAGGUCAAUAGACUCAAGGAUAUCAGUGAUUGGGGUCAUUCAGUGAAAUCCAAAGUCUUCUAUUGUUAAUGCUCCAAACCGUCGCUGAUAGUUUUUACUGAACUGAUCGAGUAUCUUUGGAGCCGACCUUAUCUACAGUCAUCAACUCGCACGACUUAAAACAUGCCCCUUAUGCGUUCAAAUCAUUUCUGGAUCAUGAAAAUCAAUAGAUCGCAGACUUCGAUACUCCGGAUACACUUGGGACAACCUAUGAAGUCAUUCUGGAGUGUUUGUGUGACCCUUGGAGAACCUCUGAAGUCAUUCUAGAGUGUUUGUAUGACCCUUGGGGAGUCCAUCAGCCAAGUCCAUCAGUAAUGUGGCUUAUAUCAAGAUCGCGAUCAAGUUACAUUAGAAUGACGAUCUUCCGAAAAUCUGUGAAAGGCAUCUCUUGAAAGAUUUGUGGACAUUUCACUCGAAACAGAUCAGAAUAUAAACAAAUCCAUCCCUUAUGAGAUAAGAUAAGAUGUUGGGAAUGCUGUCCGAUCUAUAAACCCAAUUUCAACACGAUUUGCAAUCGUUAAAUACCCAAAAUCCACAUCAGACUUCCCCAAACGAUCAAAGCUUGUGUGUGUAGUGUACCGUUAUGGGCUCUCCACCAAAGGUGCAAUCAUCAAAUUACAGUCAUAUUGCCGGCAAUAAGUCCCAUCCAUAACUGCACAGUGAAGAUAACUAGAGUGUGUCUGAUGCUAUCUGAUGAUCUCGGCAUGUCUUCAUUCGAUAGGAGAAAUAGAACAAGACAGUCCACUGUGUCCACUCUCCACUACGACGACAAACCGACGUGGAGACGCCCGGUACAUUUGAAGGCAGCAGAAGGGAGGGUUGAUAAAAUUGCAUCAAUAAGCCGCUGUAUGUGCUGCCACUGCAUCAAUAAAGCACGCUCUCUACCUAGUGCCACGAGCCACGAGCCAAGGAUUAAGGAUGUAAGGUAAGGUCGACGAACAGUCUAGCUCCUCGGUAUUACUGCUUCAUAUUGCCGACCAGCACCACAAAGUAGCGUUAAAGAAGACACCGGCGCAGUGCUUCAUUUGUAACAUCUCCCCAAAAACAGCUUCUUAUCACACCCGACUCGGCCUCUGCGCAACGUCUAAUGAGACAUGAAAAGCGCCAUUUAUACCGAUGUUCACACCGGGAGAUAAUCGGACGGUCUUAGGCAAGGCAAGGUGUCUUUUACGACGGAUGGCAUAAACUGGCGGCAUUUAGCUCUUCCUUUCCCCCAAGAUGCAUCAUAAAACAGCGCUGUAAUGACCCUGUCGAUUGCCCUGUCGAUACAGCCCAGAGCGGCAUCAUUCUAACGCAGACCGUGGUCAGUUACGGACGUCCGUUGUUGGUGCAACAUGUCGUCCGCCAAACAGAUGGGUCGUGGACAGUAUCGUAAUGAGUACAUCGCAGCGUUAGCAGCUACCUCAUCACUCGUGGCAUCGGUCGCCUGUGCUGGAUGGUCAUCGCCAGCCCUUCCUAUUCUACGAGGCCCUAAUUCACCCAUCCCAAUCACACCGGACGAAGGUUCCUGGGUCGUUUCACUCCUAUCAAUCGGUUCCCUCUUCGGGCCCAUCAUUUGUGGCCUGUUUGUCGAUCGAUAUGGCAGAAAGCCGGUCCUGUUGGUUAGUGCGGUCCCGCUAGUAGCUGGAUGGUUGUUUAUUGUGUUUGCCGAGUCCGUCGGUAUGCUGUACACCGCUCGGCUACUGCACGGCAUUGGCUACGGGCUGGCGUACUCCUUGACGCCCAUCUAUCUGGGCGAAAUAUCUUCCAACGCUGUGCGAGGAUCUACCGGUGUGCUGGUGACAGUAAUGGCCAAGCUCGCUUUCCUGUUCGAGUACUCCGUCGGACCGUACGUUGGAUUCCGGGCGCUGGCGUGGAUUUCACUCGCCCUUCCGGUCGGGUUCGUUGUGCUGUUCUUCUGGAUGCCCGAGACACCGUACUACCUGCUGGCCCGAGGUAAUAAGAAGGCUGCAGCGGAUAGUUUGCGCUGGUUGCGUCGCAGCUCAACCAUCGACGAGGAGCUCGGCCGGAUGGAGAAGCUUGUGCUGGAGAGCAAACAGAAGGGAAAUCCACUGAAGCAACUGCUCCUCACGUCCUCGAACAAGAAAAGUCUCGUGAUCAUACUGCUGCUUUCGUUCGGUAUGCAGCUGACGGGCAUCAAUGCGAUCCUGGGCUACUCGCAGACAAUCUUCUCACGGUUAGCACUACCGCUGACUGCUGCCGAACUGUCGAUCGUGCUCGCUCUGGUGCAGCUGGGGUCCGUUAUGUUGCCGACCUUCCUGGUAGAUCGUGCUGGACGUCGACCGUUGCUACUGGCCUCCACGGCCGGAUCCUUCAUCGGGUUAGCUAUGUGUGCCGUGUACUUUACGCUGGAUGAAACCACCACGGAUGUGCUGUCGCCGGAACCGGGCGCAGCACACGGAUGGAUUCCGUUCGGUGGGGUACUGCUCUUUAUCAUCUCGUUCGCUAUCGGACUUGCCACUGUACCGUUCGCCAUUUUGGGUGAGGUAUUCCCGAAGCACAUUAAGGCUGCGGCGAAUUCUGUGUUUGCGGUCAUCACGUCUGCGGUUGUGUUUUCGGUGGUGAAGCUAUUCCAAGUCAUUUCGGACGGUGCUGGAACGUAUGUAUCGUUCUGGAUCUUCACCGGGUGUACAGCCAUGACGGGGGUUUUGAUUUACUUGAUCAUUCCCGAGACGAAGGGCCAAUCGUUUGAGCGUAUACAGGAGAUAAUGAUGCGACGCGGGAGGAGUAAUGAGACUGGUAGAGAGUGUGGUGAUGGCGCUAAGGGAAGACCGUUACUAUGUUAAAGGAGCACGUGGAUUGGGUGUUAUAAUUAAGGGGCAUGCAAAGAAGAUUAAAAGUGACUGAAAGAUAAAA